AAAAGGCAAAUGCUAGAGAAUUUAUUCUCUCCUUUGUUUAUCGAAGUACACCUCGGAAACAAACCAAUGGAGGAAGGCAGGAAGCAGGUUGCGGUGUAAGACAAGAAUUGGGUCUCAAUGAAGCUGGGAACAACAUGGGAUUUUAGAGAGGCAGAAAAGAACUUUAACAUACUUUGAUAUAUGGAGUUGGAUAUCUUCUGGAGUAAUUAAAGUUGAACUGCAUUUCCUUUAGUGCAGAAGUUGAACGAAAUUCAAGGGUAGAGACUGGUGAUGAAGGCAAGAAUUGUAGGUGAGGGGUAGUUUUUGAACCCGCUGGUUAAUAAGAAAAUGGAUGCCAGGGGCAAAGAGAUUAGAAAUCUUGGCCAUGUGCUUUCCCAAUUUUCAUACAUGGGUGAUCAUAGUAAUGAAAGCAAGGGUGAUCAUUGUAAUGAAAAGGCCUCGAAGAAAAGUGAAACUCUGAGCAAACAAAAUGGAAGGAGGAGGAGAGCAGAUGUGCAAGUACGGAAGGUUUCUCCUUAUUUUCCAACAAGUAGAGAGAAACAAGACUUGUUAAGUGGCAAAUGCAAACAGCAACUCAAUUUGCUUUCGCAAGUUGUAUAUGAGGGUUGUAGUAAUGAAAAGUUUUUGGAGAAUGGGAAAAACGUUAGCAAACAAAAUGGCAAGAAGAGGAGAGCCGAUGUCCAAGUUCGGAUGGUCUCUCCUUAUUUCCAGUCAAGUGGAGAAAAACAGGACAUGAUAAGUGGGAAUCGCAAACCAAAACCUAAAGUAAUUAAACUGUCCCCUUACUUCCAAAAGAACAACAAUGAAAUUUUAGAUGGCAUGAAAAAACCAACAAAGACAGAUGGACUUAAACCUUUUCUGUCUGUUUCCGAGAAAAGAGAUGAGGCUUACCAAAGAAAAGCUCCCGAUAACACAUGGAUUCCUCCUCGCUCCAGUGCUCCACUUCUCCAGGAGGAUCAUACGCAUGACCCCUGGAGGGUAUUGGUUAUAUGUAUGCUUCUAAACAAAACAUCUGGGAACCAGACUAGAAAAGUAUUAUCAAAUCUCUUCACUCUGUGCCCUGAUGCAAAGACGGCCACUGAGGUUGCCACCGAGGAGAUAGAAAAGGUUAUAGAAAGUCUUGGUCUUCAAAGAAAGAGGGCUGAGAUGAUACAACGAAUGUCUCAGGAGUAUUUGUGGAAGGAAUGGACCCAUGUGACCGAGCUGCACGGUGUUGGAAAGUAUGCUGCAGAUGCAUAUGCAAUAUUCUGUACAGGGAAGGGGGAUAGAGUAACUCCCAGUGAUCACAUGCUUAAUCAUUACUGGAACUUUCUCUAUGGGCCCAAGAAUACUUCUUAGUAGAUAGAUUAGAUUAUUCCUUUUAAGAGUUGAUAAAUUAUGGAAGUAAUUGAAGAAAGAAGGCGUAGAGUUAGCAUACAUACCAGCUUUAGAGUUUAUUAGUUAGUUGGCUCAAGUGGAGUACUUCCAUGAUUUAUACUUGUUGAGCUGAUGGUCUUAUUAACACUAUGGUCUUGUGAAUAUUUGUUUUCUUAAUUUGAGUUAGCUGACCCUUUGUUUUCUUUUACGAGGAUAUUAGAAAUUUUGGGUAUUUUAAGUCGGGUUCGGCUUACCUAACAUGUCUGGUCAUUUUGAAUCUCGGGUUAUUUCAGGCCACCUUUUUUUAUAUAAAAAAAAAUUUAUGAAAAUACAACUAAGGGAUUUAAGAAUUGUCAUUUAUAAUAUUAACAAUCCUUUUUUUAC